UUGGAUUCUGAUUUAUGUUUGGAUGCUAUUUGGAACUCUGAGAGUGUGCCUGUUGUUAACCAUGCCGGGCCAACCAUGUUCCCACAGGCUCUUUCUUCUCUAGAAUCGGUGAUGAUGAUGUACCCCUUCUUCUACAGACCCCAGAACACAACACUGGGCACCGGGUGGCUGACGGACAUUACUGAACAGUAUUACAAGCAGAUCGCAACUGAUACAGGGGCUUGGAGGCUGAGUUCCAUCAAUGCAGACUUUGGAGUCUGUCCCAGCUAUCCACCACUGGUGAUCGUCCCAGCAAGACUGGAUGAUGGAGUCCUUCAGAAGAGCGCCCGAUUUCGUCAGGGGAGGCGAUUCCCAGUUCUCAGCUACUAUCACAAAAAAAAUGGGACGGUGAUGCUUCGCAGCAGCCAGCCCCUCGUGGGGCCCAACCGGAAACGCUGCCAUGAGGAUGAGCUGCUCUUGACCACCGUCCUGGAGGGUGGGGAACGUGGCUUCAUCCUGGACACCAGGUCGCUGCAGACUGCAAAGCAGGCCCGGGUGAUGGGGGGCGGCCUGGAGCACCGAAGCUGCUACCACGGCUGGAAGAGGCUGCACCGAGCUCUAGAGAGGGGUCGCUCCCUCCAGGAAAGCUUCAUCAAGCUGGUAGAAGCCUGCAAUGACCCUUCUGCCCACAUGGACCGCUGGCUGAGCAGGCUGGAAGCCUCCAAAUGGCUGUCCCAUGUCAAGGAAGCCUUGAAUGCUGCCUGCCUGGCAGCCCAGUGCCUGGAAAGAGAGGAGGCUUGUGUCCUGGUGCAUGGAGCCGAAGGGAAGGAUGCCACCUUGUUGGUGACAGCUCUUGCCCAAGUUAUCCUGGAUCCAUCCUGCCGGACAUUGGCAGGGUUCCAAGGACUGCUGGAGCGGGAAUGGAUACAGGCCGGGCAUCCCUUCCAGCUCCGCUGCGCCCACUCCGCCUAUGCGCACGCCCGGCUCAAGCAGGAGGCGCCCACGUUUCUCCUUUUCCUUGAUUGCAUCUGGCAACUGGGGCGCCAGUUCCCCUUCUCACUGGCAUUCAAUGAGCAUCUCCUGCUGGCACUCUUUGAGCAUUGCUAUGCCUCACCCUGUGGCACGUUCUUGGGCAACAAUGAGAAAGAAAGGAGGUUGUGUGAAAUGAGGGAGAAGACUCAUUGCCUCUGGCCCUGGAUAAACCAUGGGGAGAAGUACCUGAACCCCCUUUACAUGUAUAACCCCCUGGUCAUCUGGCCCUCCGUUGAGCCACAGAGCUUGAUGCUCUGGAAAGGUUUAUUUCUCCGUUGGGUCCGUUCAUCAGAACAUCUUGAUGAAGCAUGGACAGAAAUUCGGCAAAUAACAACAAACAGCCAAACCUACUCACAAUUGCACAGAGCAACAUGAAAGUACACUGCAUCAUCCCCUUUUUAGAUGAAGUAAUCAAAGAAUUGGCUGGUCACCCCAAAAGAGGAAAGCUGAAAACAGAGGGAGAGUUGCUGACACAGAGCCUCCAAGGAGAGCAAACACUUUUAUCUGUGGCACUGUGAAUAUGUAGAUCUAUUUUCCAAGUCUAUUUUUAAAACUGUUACAAAUAAAAUACAGCUCUUUAAAAAAACAUUUUAGAUCUAGGAAAUGGAAGAUAUAAUCUUUUGGGUAACGAGAAAGCCAUCUGGAUGCUCAUACGUAGCACCCCCCCCCCCAACUUGGAGCCAAUAGCUGUAUUUGAACAAUAAAGCUGACAUGGCUAAGUUUUUUAAAUGUUAAUAUUAGUCAAGCUUCACCUGUGCUGGAUGGGGAAUUCUGCAAGUUGAAGUCUACCCUACCUAAAGUUGCCAAGGUUGAAAGAUGCUCCUCUAACCCAAUAAACUGAUCCAAUAAUUUCAAAUCACUGUAAACCUGGAAUAUGUUUAACUUGGGCUUUACUUAGCAAAACCAUCAAUAUGGAAACCCCUAAUGAUAACAAU